CCCUUAACUUUAGGUCUACAUUGCAUAUCCGUAUUGUAUAUGAAAAGCAAGACAUCGGAGAAAUAUACAAAAAAUACAAAAGAGGAAAGGGUUCGAUUAUAAUGAAAUCAAAAAUAAAAUAUUAAUCUAUAGCCUUACUAAAAUCCUGAAUAUGUAUAUAUUUCGCGUACAUGCUGUGAUUUUAUGUGUUCACUAUUUCCUAUUAUCCAUCGACAGUGGAAGAAGAAGAGUCUUGUGUCCUAACUAAAUAUCGUUAAAGAUAGGCGUUAAAAGAUUGGAAUCAAGCUGAAUGCAAAUUUAUUCCUAGUUGUUUGUUGCAUUUGUCAUACACGUUUUGAUGGGAUCUGCAAUAAGUUCAGCUAUCCGGAGUGUUGCAUCCACAGUUGGAAGGUUUUUUUCUGGUUCAAAACGCAAUUCUUCUUAUAAUUACGGAAAUAAUGCUUCUACCUCAAGUCGCUCCGUACCGUAUUCGUCGGGAUACAUACGUACGGUUUCUCCUGUAUAUCCUCCUGAUAAUUCCAGGGACAAGAAAAUCAUAAGAAAAUUUACAGUACUCUAUCCGCUGUCAUUUUACCCGCCAAGCACAGCCAUGAAAUCAUCACUAGAUCAAAAUUUUUCAGUGACAUCAUUGAAGACAAGCAGCCCUGUUAUGAGCGCCUACUUGGAGGACUACUAUUUGCAUUCUGAGAAUAUACACAUAAUAUUUCGUUAUUUAUUGGAAAUAGAGGAUUUGACUGUCAUGUCGCAAUAUCCUGCGUUGCAACAAAAAGAUGUCAUCAUACAUAGUACCGGGGAUAAGGAGAAUAGAGAAUUUAUGGUUAAGCUCAACAAUACUGACAACGAUAUUAAUGAGAUUGUGGAUCCUUUCAUGGAUGAGGUGGUUGUUGUUCCUAAAUACAGUGCUGUUUCUACGGGAAAGAUUGAUGUACUUCUGCCUCAUCUCCAUGAACAGCUCCGUGGAAAUGAAAACUUAUUUAGGCGCAGCGGCGUAAUUACAAGUAUUUCCAAAGAUGUCUUACGAUUUCGAUUUAAUUUCGAUCAGAAUUCAAAGCUUUUAAGGGUGAAUGAUAAUGAAAAAUACAACUUGAUUAUCCGACCAAUGCGCAUGCCUUUAAGAUAUCAGUAUCGUGCGUUGGAGUUAUUAACAGGAGACAGAGCGAUACGCCAGUAUUUAUUUCCUGUUGAGAAGAGUAAAAAUUUGUUAGAAAAUCCAACGAGAAAUAGAAACGAAAGAACGCAUUUGUCAUUGUUUAAUCGGAGCAUAUUUGAAAAUCCAGAGCAAUUGCAAGCAGUUAAUCGCAUAGUAAACUAUGAAAAUCUCUUUGCGCCUUACAUAAUAUUUGGACCUCCUGGCACCGGUAAGACUACAACUGUAGUAGAGACUAUUUUGCAGUUGUAUGUUAGACGUCUCUCUACACGCAUACUUGUAACAUCUUCAUCAAAUUCUGCUUGCGACACCAUUGCAUCAGGAAUAUGCAAAAAUAUUAACCGCAAUAUUCUCUACCGAAACCAAUCGAAUCUUCUACUAAGGCUCUUCUCAGGCAGUGCACUUGCAAAUGGCGUUAAUGCGAUUGAUCCCGAAGUAUUAAAGCGUUCCAAUUGUAAAGGUGGCUCCCACUACUAUCCUGCAAUUGAAGACAUACGAAUGUACAGUAUAAUUGUAACUACACUGUGCUUAGUGGGUAAAUUGGUUAGUGGUGGAAUUGGUGCGGGAGGAUUUUUUACCCAUAUUUUUAUCGAUGAAGCUGGGGCUUGUUCGGAACCGGAAGCGUUGGUGGGCAUAAUGGACGUUAAGUCACCGAAAUGUGAAAUAAUACUCUCGGGCGAUCACAAGCAAUUAGGGCCUGUUUUUAAAUCUGAACGUGCUGCGGAGCUUGGCUUGAGUAAAUCCCUGAUGGAACGGUUGCUGGAAAGGAAGUGCUACUCGUUAGAUGAAUGGGGAAAUUAUGAUCGUACCCUUCAGUUUCGUUUAAAUCAAAAUUAUCGUUGUCACCCAAAGAUAUUGGGAUUAUUCAAUCACUUGUACUACGAUAACAAACUACAAGCCAAAGCUAAGCCAUCCGAUGUGAACGUAGCAGCUAAGUGGGAUAAAUUGCCGAAUGCAAAUUUUCCUAUCAUUUUCCAAGCAGUUUUUGGACGUACCGAAAAAGACAAGCGCUCCGGAAGUUGUUUCAAUAAUCGCGAAUUACAAGUGUCAAUGGAGUUAUUGGAAAGUCUCCUCAUCACCGGCAUUGAUGGGCGCCAAGUGGAGCAAACAGAUAUCGCAAUUAUAUCACCCUAUAAACAGCAAUGUGAACGCAUCAAGAAACAAUUGCGAGAAAAGCAAUGGACGGACGUGGAAAUCGGUACUGUGAAUUCAUUUCAAGGACGCGAAAAGCAUAUAGUUAUUAUUUCUCUGGUAAGAUCGUUCACCAGCUUGGGAUUUGUGGACGAACCAAAACGUCUUAACGUCAUGCUAUCACGAGCCAAAUCAUUGCUUAUUAUCAUUGGUAAUCCUGGGACUUUGCGUCGUUCAGCAGACCUUAAAUACAUACUCGACGAAUGCUCAAAUAAUGGCACAUUUGUGAAUAAUGAAAAGAAAGAAACGCCAAAGCAUAUCAAACAACGGCAGCGACGAAACUACCAAAACAAAAACAAUUUGCGAGGAAAUAUUUCUUAAGUUGUAAAAAAUUUGUUUUUGUUCAUUAAAUUUAUGUUUUUUGCGUAUUGUUUGAUUGUCUUGCAUAAAACGAACUUGA